UCAAAUGUUAGCUCAGGUUAUGACCUUUUUGGGGGGUCGAGCAAGUGAGGAGUUAAUUUUUGGCACAGAAAAUAUUACCAUGGGAGCAUAUAGUGAUUUCAAAAAUGCUUCGACCAUUAUUCGGGACUUGAUUUUGAUUUAUGGCAUGUCUGACUUAGGAAUUGUUCCGACCCAAGAAUCCUUUUUCUACGGAGAAGAAAUGUUGGCGACCGAAUUACCCGAAACCGCUAAGCAAAAAAUCGAAAACGAGCGGGAAAAGAUACUUAGUCAGUGCUGGAAAAAAGUUAAAACCACCUUACAACAAAAAAAGCGAGUUUUAGACCUUCUAGCGGCAAUACUUUUACAAAAAAACUCUUUACAAAAGGAAGAAAUUAACUAUAUUUUCAUUAAUCAAAUUUCUCCUUACACCCCUUUAUUAAAAAACAAUGGAAAACCAAAGAAAAAAACUCCUCAACAAAACUAA